AUGUCAACCACUCGCCCUCGUCCUAGUAUGCACGGAGAUCUCUACUACACCUGGCUCUGGUGCGGAGACAACACCACAGUCAACAAGUGGUUCAUCAACCUCCCUGAACACCAUCAGUACCGCGCCUUCUACUCCUCGUUCAUCAACGCUGCAAACCGCGCUUGGGACUCGGCUCGCAACGAUGGAAGCACUCUCCAGCCCCUCGAUCUCGACAUGAUUGUCUGCAUGCUCCAGGAGCAUAUCCCCGCUCAGAUGUUGAUUGACACUCUGAAGAAGUACAACAAGCUCAUUGGUGGCACGAAGGGAAGCUGGAAGGGAAAGGGCAUUAUCAAGUUUGAUGACACUCCUCCUGAGAUGUCCACCAUCGAGGCUGCCGUCAAGGAGCUGCACAAGAAGGUCAAGAGCACUCGCGCCGUUGUCGUCGCACGUUACGUCAAAGAGGAGGCAAAGGGUCAGGGCGAGAACAAGCGCAAGCGCAACAGCAAGGCCGAUACCGAUGCCGACGACGAUCAGAUGCAGGAUGUCAACAUGGAGGAUGCCGACGCUAUGCCAUCACUCAAAGAGAUGGACACCGAGCUAACUGCCGCUGGCAGUGCCCCUGCUAGCUCAAAGGAGGAUACCAAGGGAAAGGGUAAGGCCCCCGUGAAGUUUGGUGAGCUUCCCUACGUGGGAGGCAAGAAGGAUGAGGGCCAGGAGAAGAAGCAUGACGAGGAUGAUGAGUGGAAGAACUUCUUCUUGAAGUGA